AUGUUUGGAGACGUGUCACUAGCUCGUUUUACCUCCACAGAUAUUAACUUAACAUAUAUGAAAACAUUGGGAGUAAUUUUUAUUGCCUUAUUUAAUUGCAAAGGAAAGUUUGAGUCUCUUGCUGAGCGUAGAAAUGUUCUUGUCAUAAUUGGGGAUGAUGCUGGCUUCGAAAGUCAAGUUUAUAACAAUUCAGUUUGCAAGACUCCAAACUUGAACGAGUUUGCAAGACGAAGUGUUGUGUUCAGAAAUGCUUUCACUUCUGUCAGCAGUUGUUCGCCCAGUCGAUCGGCAAUUCUCACAGGUUUGCCUCAGCACCAAAAUGGGAUGUAUGGUCUUCACCAUAAAGUUCAUCAUUUCAAUUCAUUUGACUCUGUUCAAAGUCUUCCUUUGUUGCUAAGAAACAAUAGCAUCAGGACAGGCAUUAUUGGGAAGAAGCAUGUUGGUCCUGAGCAGAAUAACAUGGUUGGUUGUCUAGGUUCUUUUUGUGAAAAGUUUGGUAAUGGAGAAAAAGGAAUGGGAGUGAUUCCUGACUGGAYACCCAUUACUUACAAUCCAGAUGAUGUCCAGGUACCAUACUUUGUCCAGGACACUCCCGCUGCACGCCAGGAUMUUGCUGCUCAGUACACAACCAUAAGUCGCCUUGACCAGGGAAUUGGUMUUGUGUUGAAAGAGCUAGAACAAGCAGGCUUUCUUGACAAUACCUUAGUCAUUUAUAGCUCUGAUAAUGGSAUUCCAUUCCCGACCGGUCGGACAAACCUCUUAGAUCCGGGCAUGGCCGAACCGUUCCUUGUAUCUUCCCCUGUACAUAAGGACCGCUGGGGACAAAUUAGCGAUGCUAUGGUGAGCCUAGUGGAUAUUGUCCCCACUGUUUUGGACUGGUUUGGAAUCGCAUACCCUAAGUAUAAAAUAUAUGGUGCAAAUGAUGUCCAGCUAACUGGCAAAAGUUUGUUGCCGGUCCUGGAAAAAGAACCGAAGUCAGGCUGGGACGAAGUGUUUGCGAGCCAUAACCUACACGAAGUCACCAUGUAUUACCCGAUGAGAGUUUUACGCACAACACAGUWCAAACUAAUACACAAUUUAAACUACAAAAUGCCUUUCCCAAUCGACCAAGACUUCUUMAUUUCGCCAUCAUUUCAAGAUCUUCUGAACCGAACACGAGAGGGUCGACCUACUCAUUGGUUUCGUUCUUUACAGCAGUAUUACUACCGACCCGAGUGGGAGCUUUAUCACUUGAUUAACGAUCCUGAAGAGAUCAAUAAUUUAGUAGAUAAUGUGGUUUAUAAGGACGUUUUAAUGGUCCUUCAAAAAAGGCUUAAUGCUUGGCAAAACGCUACUAAUGACCCAUGGAUUUGUGCGCCAUCUGGAGUACUUGAGAACCAAGGUAAUUACCCCAARGAAGGUGUGUGCUUGCCUCUGGAUAACAGCACAUGAAUCAAUGGUUUAACCUGAAAUAAAAACGCUAAACAAAAUGAARGGGUWGUUUUCAAUUUCCKAUAAAAACCAGACAACGAACUCCAAAGCGUAUUCCAUUCCGUCGUCCAUAGCUUCCAUUUUCGUUUUUUUACUUCCAGUCUGACUUGGUUACAUUGACGAAUGUAAACGAUGAGGACAUCAGAAUAUAAGAAGCGAUUCAUUCGCCAAACUUUAUUUGAGCAUUUUUYAACAUAAUCACGAUGUCACAGUAUGUUUACAGAAAGGAUCAGAAACUGAACUAACCAUAUUUUCUAUACGAAAGUAGAACAAGAAGGGCGAACUAUUCAAUACUUUAUUCACAUGGAAUAUAAAACGGAUUUCCGUGUUUGAUAAUCAAAACACGCGGGAUGUUGUGAAAACACUAGAGAAGCAUAGAGAAUAGAAGAGAGAGAAGCGUACAGCGCGUGUUAUAUACCAAUUAUUUUAGAGUGUUAAAGCCUUUGCCCACAAGAUAUGAUUUAAGAUACUCAUGAUGUAUUUUUUGAUAGAUUAUUGUUCAAAUAUGACUUAAUUAAUUUGUAAUUUCUCUAUUUUUCUAAACCAUGGUAUUUUAAGAAGCGUUCUUUCUUAAUCUUAAAUAUAGACGAAUUAUUAUUAUCAUUAAUUAUUAUUAAUUCGUCGAACUACAUUUUAGCUAUAUCGUUACUGAUCAAACCUUUUUGUAAACACUUAGGUCAACUUUUAAAAUUAUUGUAAAUUAUCGUAAUUAUAAGAA